CCUGUCCUGUCCUGUCCUCGCUCGUUUGUAUCUCUUCUCCUCUCUCCUCUCCUCUAAUUCUCUCUUCGUCUCUCUCCUCUCCCCUUGCUGCUGCUCUCCCGCAACCCCAAUAGUAGAGCAGUAGAGCAGUAGAGCAGUAGAGAAACCAACACCAGCAUAGCAUCCCCCCGAUACCUACCCCUCUUCCUUCUCUCUGUUGUGAUAUACUCCGGCUGUUGUUUUCUUCUGGUGUCGUCCUCUUGCUCUUCUUCUUCCCCUCUCUACUACUACACUUCCUUCACUUUUUUCCUCUCCUCCUUAUCUGCACCCCAAGGUGCUGCAUUCUCGUUCCAUUCUAUUGCCUCUUCGCGGGUUUUGGUUUUGAUCUAUUAGAUUUCUACCUUCUCACUCUCCCAGUCCUGCCUUUGCUGCCGUACACAAAUCUGGCGGGCUAUUUAACUCGAUAGAUAGCUUAGGCUUCAUACUCUCCACGACCAACCUGCCAACCGCAAAUACCUUUGUUUAACCCCCUCUCUUUACGGCUCAUAUAUCCCCUUCACUACUACUACUACUACGCGUCGAGGUUUGCUCGUCCUUCCUUGACUGAGCUGUUGGCCCGAACCCUGGGACCUGGUGGACCCAAGAAGCCGUACUCGUCCGGCUACCAUGAUUUGAUUGCAAGGAAUCUGAACAAGCUGUAACAAGUCCGUUUAAUGUUGGAGCUUGGUACCCUGGGUGUCAAUACGGCCUCUGGAAGUGUCUCUGCGAGCCCAUUUGCUUUAUCUCGAACGGCGAUGCCCUGCCCGUGUGCGAGCCCCAACGAUACAGCAGACUCUAGUUCUAAAACUCUGUCCCGGAACGCGUCUGUCUCGCCAGUACAGUUCCCCGAACCCUCCUCAUCAUAUAAAUCUUUUCCAGCCAGCUUCGAACACCCUGCAAGUUGCGAUGGGAAGAUGGAUCGUUCAGACCGUGUAGAUCGUCUUCCCUCAAACAGUUCGGUCGGCCAAUUUUCUUUCGCUCCUGCCACCCAAACUACUGUCAUCACAACAACUACAACGACCACUACAAAAUUCCCUCCGCUGGUCAUGAAGACCCCCGGUUCGUCCAGACCUCUUGACCCCAAAAUUUACCCUCUAGCUGCUACCCCGACGCCUGAUUCGAUAAAAGAUAUCCAUUUUGAGCUUGGGGACACUUCAAUCGUCUUUAACGAGUCCGAGGAUUCGUCAGACACUUUCGAAAAGUUGAAACAGCAGGCUGAAGCCCUAAGGGCAUCUGACGGGGUUAUCCGGUCUAUAUCAACUUAUGAGUCCCGAAAAACCGCUCUACCUAGGCGCUCACGUCCCGCAGAAGACCCACGCCAAAGGCUGAGACGACGACCGGUAUCACCGAUUUCUCUACCCGAAUCUUCCCAUGAAAUGAAGCGGACGCGUUCUGCAACCGCUCUUGCAGCAGACUCCAUCACCCGUCGUCGUAACGCGCAGUCACACUUGGACGCUGCUCGACUCAACAAGGACGUUGGUUUGGCCACGCCAGAAACAGAACAUAACAGCUUCAAUAUGGGUAAAGACCAGAGCAACCGUCGACGAAUCUGCAGCUUAGGGUCUUUUGGAAAGUCGUCUUUCGAAUAUUCACCCGGAUCCUUGGCGGAAGAAAACCAAAAGCUUCUCAGCCCGUUGCCGCACUCGCGCAAGGACAAGGCCGCCCAAGUCCAGAGAUCACCAUUAUUUGAGCGUCGAACUGGAUUGAAUACCGAGGAGCUCGUAGGUCAAUCGACAUCCAAUGAUAAUAUUAAUAGUAAUGGGAAGCAGCUGGGUGACGAUGUAGAACACCCUGUGUUAAGACGUAGACGCUGUUCUGCUGCGACUUCGGUCAAGCGGGCGUCUCAAGUACCGACUAGACGCCUAAAGGCCGUUGAUAGUCUUGCUGCCCAAGAUAUGUCCCUUCCCAGCCCAAGUCUUUCCCCGGUCACGGCUAUGAAUGCUCAAAAUCUCGACACGUCUUUCGAUUCUGCUGAAGAGCAGGAGAGUGACACGGAUUCUAGUCUUGACCACUGCUCAAAAAAGCAGAAGGGCUCUACGGACUAUGUUCUUGCUAAAGGCCGCUUUGGGAAAGACGAAGGUAGUAUUGCUGAUUCAUCGUCGCCAGCUUUGUCUUUGAUGGAUAUGCCUUUGAUGUUGGAUUACUUCGAGUCAGUCCCAGAUAAGCUAAAGUCGUAUAUGAUAUACCAGCUGCUGCGAAGAUGUCCAAAACCAACGUUACGCUUUGUGGCUGGCGUCGUCGAUCCAGCUCUCAAAUGCGAUUUCCUAGCUCUUCUCCCGCUUGAGCUCAGUCUCAAUAUCGUCAAGUACUUCGACGUUAAAACUAUGUGCCGGGCUUCGCAGGUUUCGAAGAAAUGGAGGCACAUUAUUAACUCAGAUGAAAAGUCCUGGAAAGAGCUUUUCGAGACGGCUGGGUAUGUUUUACCACGCGGGGAGUUGCAUCGUGCUAUUGAGGAAGGCUGGGGAUGGCAAUGCCCGAACCCAGGAGAUGAGGAAAAGGACCUUCGAUGUUCUACCGCUCUUAAAUCCGAUAGUGAGAACUCGUCUGCGUCUACGUCAUCCUUGGCAUGGUUAUCGUCGCGGAAAACGAGACAGAGCCUAGGCCCUUUGUCAGCCGGUUCCCGACGACCCAAACGAAAAGCGACGACCAGGGUUACGAGUCGAAAGCUUGCGAAAAGGAAAUCUGGAGUAUCCUCUCAAGCUGAGCAUCUAGAGUCUAUUGGCUUGAUGGACGACUUGAUCGCUGCGGAAAGCCCGUACGCUGCUGCGAAUGCAGCUGCAUUGGCAGUUCCGUACCCUGAAGUUGGGCUACCGUCCCUACGAAGCUUGCACCUCUACAAAUCACUCUACCAGCGACAUCAUCUCAUCCAUAAGACAUGGAUGCGAAACGACGUCAAGCCCAUGCAUAUCGCUUUCCGUGCCCACGAUCGUCACGUCGUUACUUGCUUACAAUUUGAUACUGACAAAAUCCUCACUGGAAGCGAUGAUACCAAUAUUAACGUAUACGAUACGAAAACGGGGGCAUUAAGAGCAACCCUUGAAGGUCACGAAGGAGGUGUCUGGGCGCUGGAGUAUCAUGCGAAUACACUUGUUUCGGGAUCUACGGAUAGGUCGGUCCGCGUGUGGGACAUUGCAGCUGCUGAGUGUACCCAGGUUUUCCAAGGACAUACUUCCACUGUGAGAUGUUUGCAAAUCUUGUUGCCUGUUGCAAUUGGAAAAUUACCAGAUGGAACGCCAAACAUGAUGCCAAAACAUCCGUUGAUUAUAACCGGUUCCCGAGAUUCGAGCCUGCGGAUUUGGAGACUUCCCCAACCGGGAGAUCCACGCUAUUUCGAAAGUGGAUCCGACGCUGAAAACCCCUACUUCGUUCGUGCCCUGACCGGCCAUCAACAUUCUGUGCGCGCUAUCGCAGCCCAUGGCGAUACCCUAGUUAGUGGAAGUUACGAUUGCACAGUGAGAGUCUGGAAAAUAUCUACUGGAGAGGCGCUUCAUCGCCUUCAAGGCCAUACCUUGAAAGUUUACAGUGUGGUUCUAGAUCACAAAAGAAACCGCUGCAUUAGUGGAUCCAUGGACAACAUGGUUAAAAUUUGGUCCCUCGAGACAGGUGCGGUUUUGUACAACCUUGAGGGACAUGCAUCCCUCGUUGGGCUGUUGGAUCUUCAUUCAGACAAGUUGGUAUCAGCCGCAGCUGAUUCCACGCUCCGGAUUUGGGAUGCGGAAAACGGACAGUGCCAGAGUGUAUUUAGUGGCCAUACUGGCGCCAUUACCUGCUUCCAACAUGACUACCAGAAAGUAAUCUCUGGUUCUGAUCGGACUUUGAAGAUGUGGGAUGCUCGAAGCGGGCAAUUCCUCAAAGAUCUACUCACUGAUUUGAGUGGAGUUUGGCAAGUUAGGUUUAAUGAUAGGAGAUGCGUUGCUGCUGUCCAGCGAAACAGGUUGACCUAUAUCGAGGUGCUUGACUUUGGUGCAUCUCGUGACCGCAUUCCUGCUGAGCGUCUGGGAACGCGCAUCGUCGUCGAUAGAAAUGGGAAAGAAGUUGUAGAAGAUGAGAGCCUAGCAGAACGCGGAAGCUCAGACAUCUAACGCCUAGACCUGUGUUGUUCACCAUUUUAGCGGCCCUAACCUUUAUAAAGUUACCUCAAACAAGAUCCUUCUAUCCGCCUAUGACUACCAUCUCGGUUCGUUCUUGUCGAUAUUAUUGUUAUUAUUCUUUCCGGCACGAUCACUAUUCAGGAUCGUUGCUGUCUCUCCUUGGGUCCCCUUUACUCCCCAAGCCAUCAACGACCUUUAGAUACCAAAAUAUUAAAUACCAAAUUUACAACCCGACCACGUACGACUCAACGAAGACAACAAAAUAUUACUUUUCGGGGAAAUCAUUGCUUAUCUUGGGCUUGCCUUGUCGCAUUGCUGCCCCAUAUUCGCCUUCUCUCGGAGGAAAGGUGUAGUAUCACGGCGAGUGAAAGCUCCCAGGGGUCAAGGGCAAGGCAAAAUCCCUAGGAUCAUAUCACUUUCCAUCACGUUAUUUGACCAAUGACCAAUUCCUCUUAUCUUCCACUUUUUUUCUCCUGCAAAAACUAUUCUUCAUUCCGUCGCUUUCAAACAUACUUUUACAUUGUAUUGCGCAUUUGCAUCUUCUUUAUCUUCUUGUUCACUUUUUGCCUGAUUCACGAUGACUAUCAUGUAUAUCUAGUCACAAUGUUUUAGCAUGCCUUCUUGUUGCUUCUUUUCUUUCUUCAGGGAUACCAUACCUCCUAUUACUCUUAUCAUAAAAUAUCUUUGCUUUUCUUCUCCCUUCAUCCUUCUAAUAAACAUCUUCUGUGCAUGUUUUUAUUCUUAUAUUUUCCCCCAUUGUUUUUGUUAUUAUGAAACGUCUUUGUUUGUGUAAUGUGUCCGAAAUCGUCAUGUUUGUGGGAAAGGGGGGUUAUUUUAUUCGAGGCACACACAUGAAAACACUUCUUUCAACGCGAGCGUUUCGCUUUAUUUUGUUCCUUCUCUCAUUUUCAACCCAGGGUUUUCCAAAGGUUAGGUAGCACUCGAUUUGCAACAGUUAUUUUAUUCCAUUAUUGGAAGGCCUUGUGUGAAUAUUUACUGUACAAAGUAUACGUUUGGGGUAAUAUAAUUUCUAUUUUUUUUUUUUUUUUUGUUCAUUUUAUCAUUUUUCGAGGUACGUAUGCCGUACGGUACGUAGCUUUCUUUGUUUUGUGUAGGAGCUAAGUUCUAUUUAUUUUAUUGAAAUGGAUGUUAAAAAUGUAGUCU